UGCUGUUGCUGCUGCGGGUGCUGUUGCUGCUGCGGGUGCUGUUGCUGCUGCGGGUGCUGUUGCUGCUGCUGCUGCUGCUGCGGGUGCUGUUGCUGGUGCGGGUGCUGGUGCGGGUGCUGUUGCGGGUGCUGCGGGUGCGGGUGCGGAUGCUCCGGGACAAAAGCGCUUGUGCCUCUGCAGUUCACUUGCGGCAUUCUUGGGGUCUCACCGAGAAAUCAGCUGAAGUUUUCCUUGUGGAGGAGGAGGCUUGUGCCCUUUAUCUAGGCCUGGCUGCUGCUGUUGCUGCUGCUGCUGCUGCUGCUGCUUUGUGUUCUGCUGCGCUGCAGCAAGAUGACAAAUGCGUGGGAGUGGCCUACUUGGCUUGCUGCCUCAUUCCCCAGGAAGUGACCAGCGUCAGUCGUUUGCCUCUGGAGCACAAGUCCCGAAAGAGCGGCAUUUUGGUAGUUGAGGGUUUCCGCUUUGUGCCCGUAAUACCUGCUGCUGCUGCUGCUGCUGCUGAGGCUGCUGCUGCUGCUGCUGCUGGAGCUUCUGCUGCUUCCCCAGCCGCAAGUGCUCUUGGUGCGCCGCCCUUAGCGGCGGGUGGGGAGCCGAGGGAGAAGCAGCGCAGACAGAGGCAGCAGCAGCAGCCAGCAGCAAAUAGCCAAGAACUCAAUGCAGCAAGGAGCGGCCGAGCAGCAAAAACGCCAGAAGCAGCAGCAGGAGCGGGUGCUGUCGCUGCGCAGCAGCAGCAGAAAACUAGCAACUACACUGUGGACCUUUUGGAUCUGUUUGACUCUUCGGAAGGGCAGCAACAGCAGCAGCAACAGCAGCAAACCGACCACCUCCCUCUGACUCCGUUAAGUGCCAACAGUGACAGCUUGCAGCAGCUCCAGCUUCUGGAGGAGUCACUGCAGCAGCAGCUGUCUGUGCAGCAGCAUAAGCCGCUGACACAGCAGCAAGAACCCUCACUACAGCAGCAAGGGACAUCUCAGCAGCAGGUGGGAUUGCAGCAGCAGCAGCUGCUGCAGCACGAACCGAUUCCCCAGCAGCAACUCACUCUGGAGCAGCAGCAGCAAAAGGAGCAGGUGCAGUUGGCAACACAGCAGCAGCCGCCAGUAAAGGAGGAAGUGCUGCUGCAGCGGCAUGCACCAUCGGGGCAGCAGCAGCUAACGCUGCAGCACCAGCAGCAGCAGGAGCCAUCCCUGCUCCCAAGUUCGCAGCAGCAGGACCUGUCCCUGCUUCCGAAUGCGCAGCAGCAGCAGCAACAGCACCCACAAGAGCAACAACAGGAGCAGCAACAAGAGCUUCCGAAGCAGCAGCAACAGCCUUUGCCGCAGCCCCGUCCUUCAUAUCCUGCUGCUGCCCUUGAUGCACUUUUCUACGCCGAUGUAGCUGCUCACUGUAGAGAUCCGGCAACUGCAGCAGCAGCACGGUCUGCUGCUGCUGCUGCUGCUGCUGCUGCUGACUUGCCCCAUGCUGAGAGGGAACUGCUGCUUCAACAGGCUGCAAAGGGAUUGCCCGAGCUGCACCAGCAGCAGCAGAUACUGCAGCAGCAACAACUGCAAUUGCAGCAGUUACAAUUGCAGCAACUGCAGCUGCAGCAGCAGCAGCAACAGCAGCAGCAACAGCAGUCAGUUGAACAGCAGCAGACACUACAAACUGCGUCUUCAUCUACGGGCAUUGGGCAGCAGCAACAGCUACUGCUGCCUGGGAUGGCGAAUCUUGUGGGCAUCAGUCCUGUGGUGGCUGCUGCUCCUGCUGCAGCAACGGGAACUCCAUCAGCUGCUGCUGCUGCUGCUGCUGCACAUCAUAUCGUUGCCGACACACAAACUGGCAGCACGCAGGGUUCAGGAGGUGGCCUUCUCAUUGAUGAGCAGCAGCAAGGGUACGUGAACGCCCAGCGUCAGGCAGCAGCAGCAGCAGCAGCAGCAGCAGAAGCAGCGUUGCCACCUCCAGCCCCCGCACCGCCGCCACCGUCAUCGCCAUCAUCUGCCGCGACGGCUGCACUCGGAGCAGCAGCAGCAGCAGCAGCAGCGCUUCCCGCGUUACCAGCAGCAGCAGCAGCUUCGCCACCUGCUGCAACAGUUACAAAUCGCGCAGAAGCAGCAGCAGCAGCAGACGAACCCCGCUCUCCAACAGAGCCCACUUCAGCAGCAACUCCAGGGCAGGCGCGGCGGAGGCAGUCUGAAGCAGCGCUUCCUGCUGCUGCUGCUGCUGCAUCUGCUGCUUCUCUUGCUGCUGCGGAAGCCCCUGAGGCGACACCAGCUAGCAGGAAGCCCGCUGGCUCGGCCCGAAGACCUAUUAGUGGCAGCAGCUCGCAGCAGCAGCAGCUGCUUCACAUGCAGCAGGAAGAGCAGCAGACGCAGCAGCGCAGGCACAGGGCGGAGCAGCGACAGCGGGAGCCGCAGCUGCUGCAGCGGCAGCAGCAGCAGCAGCAGCAGGAGCAAGCCCCUCAGUGGCCAGUGGGCGGGGUCGAUGCUGCAACGCCGGCAGCAGCAGCAGAAGACAGAACGCCUGCAGCAGCAGCAACGCAAACUGCAGCAGCAGCUGAGCUAGAAACAGAAGCAGGAGACUGGCCGCCUCCCCGCCGGCCUUCAACUUGGCAGCCAAGACCAGUUGGAGGGUUUGUCUUCAAGCAGCCGCAGCAGCAGCAGCAGCAGCAGCAGCAACAACACCCUCAGGUCCCUUCGUAUCCGCAGCAGCAGCUGCAGCAACACCAACGGGCCCAUCCGCACCCGCAGCAGCAAUUUGGCAACCUACAGGAGCAGCAGCAGCAGCAGCAGCAGCAGCAGCAGCCUGGUCCGUUCAACAUGCCCUCGCAAGCGCCGCUGACUCAGCUACAGCAGCCGCAGCUUCCGCAGCAGCAGCAUCUGCUGCAGCAACGGGUGUCUGGCAGUCCUUUUCCUCCUGCCGAAGAGCACCAGCAGCAUCAGCAGCAGCAGCACCAGCAGCAGCAACAGCACUUUCCGCAGCCUGUGUGGCCACAGCAGCAGCAGUUGCAGCCUCAGCAGCUGCAGCAGCCUCAGCUGCAAACUUCUCCACAGUCAGCACAGUACCAGCAGCAGCAGCAGCCACUGCAGCAGCAGCUGUCGCACCAACCACUGCAGCACCAGCCACAGCAGCAGCAGCAGCACCUCUCGAAAAAGCUGUUCAGCGCAUUUAAUCCCUUCCCCGAAAAACAGCGCGUGAAGACUUCUCCAGCUCAGCCUGAGCAGACACCGACUCCUCCGCAGCAGCAGCAACAGCAGCAGCAGGAGCAGCAGCAGCAGCAGCAGCAGCAGCAGCAGCAGCAGCCAACUGCACCUGCUCAGCAUCAGCAGCAGCAGCAGCCUGAUGCUGAAGCGAAGAAGUCUUUGUUCUCUCUCCCUUUCCGGCUGCGCCGCAACACGGGCAGCAGCGGCAACAAUGCAGCAGGAACAGAAGCACGCAGCAGUUCGGGGGCUGCUGCUGCUGCAGCUGUGCCUGAACAACCUGCUGCUGCAGCGCAGCAGGCAGCACAAGGGAGUGCAGGCGCCGAUAGCCAGGAGCAGCAGCAGCAGCAGCAGCAGCAGCAUGAGCGGCAGCGUCUGUCACAUUAUUGGCCCUUCAAGAGCCACCGGGACUCAGGAGGAGCAGAACGCGAAAGCACGGGAGCGGGAGCAGCAGAAGAUGCUGCAGCAGCAAGCGACGCAGCAGCAGCAGCAGCAGCAGAUCCAGCAUCAGCAGCAGCAACCCCGGAGAUCCCCUUUCGCUCGUUCCGGGUGCAGUUCCCAGAGUCUGCACCCGUGACAACGAAAGCAACUCCAGCAGCAUCGGGAGAGAAGCUUGCUGCUGCUGUUGAUGCUCCUCAGUUUCCUGCUGCAGCAGAUGGCGACCCUUUUGAGUUCCACUUCCGGUCUCCUGCUUCUGGAGGUGCAGCAGCAGCAGCAGCAGCAGCAACGCCAUUUGCUGCCUCUGGAUUUUCGCAGCAGCGCAACACCUGGGCAGCCCCCCUGCGCCUCCCCGACGAGCCGCCAGAUGACGAAAACGAACAGCAGCAGCAGCAGCAGCAGCAGCAGCAGCAGCAGCAGCAAGAAAUGGAGGACGAGCCCUGGUGGGAGCUUUCGAAGCCGCAUGCAGCUGUCCGUCAUGAGACGAAGCAGCAAAAGAAGGAGAAGCAGCGGAAACAGAAGCAGCGGGGGUCGAAGCUCUCGACAGACGCACAGCAGCAGCAGCAGCAGCUGCUGCUCCAGCAGCAGCUGCAGCAGCAGCAGGGCGACAAGGAGAAGCAGCAGAAGGAGCAGCCGGGAGACGGUGACGGCUGGCCAACGCAGUCCUGGCAACGCUCUGUCUCUUUCGAUCCUUUAGAACCUUUUGAAGGAUCUGAAGAAUCUCAGAUUUCUCAAGGAUCAGCUUCCUUGGGUCCUGCUGCUGCUUCCGGUGACUCUCGUGCUGCUGCUGCAGCGCAGCAGUGCGCCGCAGCUGCAGCAGCGCACGGCAGCAAGGAUCAGCACCAGGAGGCCGCGCGCAAGUACAGAAGCCGAAAGAAGGCUGCUGCUGCUGCUGCUGCUGCCGCAGCAGCAGCAGCAGAAGACACAAAAGAUGGAAGGCUCUUAAUGGACUGGGGAGACGCAUGGUGGGAUGAAGAAGCAGCAGCGGGAGACUCAGACUUGACAGAUGCAGCAGAGCAGCAGCAGCUGCAGCAGCACUGGCCUGCAGUUCCCGAUGCAGCGGCACAAGGCGCUGCUGCGAAGCUGCAGCAGCAGCAGCAGCAGCAGCAGCAGCAACAGCAAGGGGCGCCAACGGGACUAAACGAGCAAGCACAAGCAACUGACGACAACCCAGCUCUUCACGGGAGUCAUUACGGCAGUUUGUUAGCGAAGCAGCAGCAGCAACACUUGCAGCAGCAGCAGCAGCAUAUGCAGCAGCAGCUGCAACCACAGUAUCUCGACCAGCAGCUGGAACCUGUGCAGCAAAAGCACCGCCACUACCCGCAGCAGCAGGAGGACCAACAGGCCUUCCAACAGCAGCAGCAGCAGCAGCAGCAGCAGCAACAGCAACCUUUAGCCAUUUCAGCACCCCAGGGGGCCUUUCUUGAGGCCCCGUUCGAGCCCUGGGCAGCGGCCUCUGCGCAGCAGGCAGCUCUUGCUGCAGGAAUGCAAGCCCACCUCCAGCAGCAGCAGCAGCAGCAGCAGCAGCAGCAGCGGCAACAGCGACUCCCUGCGGCUGCUACGAUACAGCAGAAUGUCAACCCUGUGGAACAGAUCCAUUCUCCAGGUUUGCUGCAGCAGCAGCAGCAGCAACAGCGGCCGCAGCAGUUGCUGCUGCACCAGCCACAGUCCGUCCAGCAGCAGUUGCCGCAGCCAGUACAACAGGUGCUGCAGCAGCAAAGGCUGCAGCAACAGCAACAGCGACCGUUUCUCUCUCAGCAGCUGCAGCAGCCAGGGGCUCUUUCUCCCCAGAUUUUUUCGUCUGGCCAGUCUCUGCAACAGCAGCAACCGCUGCAGCAGAUGCAGCAGCAACUAUUGCCGCAGCAGCUACUGCAGCAGCAGCCACUGCAGCAGAUGCAGCAGCAACAUCUGCCGCAGCAGCUACUGCAGCAGCAGUUGCUGACGCAGCCGCAGUACUUGCAGGAACAACAGAGUCGCCGCCAGCGACUUCAGCAGCAGCAGCUGCAGCAGCAGCAGCUGCAGCAGUUACAGCUGCAGCAGCAGCAGCUGCAGCAGCAGCAGCUACAGCAGCAGCAGCUGCAGCAGCAGCAGCUACAGCAGCAGCAGCUGCAGCAGCAGCUCCUGCACCAGCAACUCCGCACGCAGCGACAAGACUUAGCCUACCCACAGGCACUGGCGCAGCAGCAGCAGCAGACUCUGCAGCCUCUUCAGCCCAUGGGCCAUGCAGGCCUGCAGCAGUUGCAGCAGCAGCCUCAACGUCUGCAGCAGCAGAAGCUUCCGCAACAGCAGCCUGCGGUGCCGUACCAGCAGCCGCAGCAGCAGCUGAAUUUGCAGGGGCCAUGGCCACAGCAGUACCGACCUCCGCUGCAGCUGCAGCAGGAGCUGCUGUCAUCGCAGCAGCUGCUUCCGCAGCAGCAGCAACCACUGCCUCAGCUGCAACAGCACUACCUGCAGCACCCGGUCGAAUCCCAGCAGCAGCAGCAGCCGCAGCAGUUGGGGUGGCCUGGCCUUGCAGGAAAGGCGCAGCUGCCUGCGCAGCAGCAGCAGCCUCAGCACCAACAGCAGCAGCUACAGCAGCAGGAGCAGCUGCAGCAGCUGCAGCAGCAGCAGCAAGUGCCCGGGAGCCGAAACCCAUUUGCUCAGCCACGCAGCCGGCACCGAGCUGGCGGGAGCAGGCGAGCUGCUGCUGCUCCUCUGUAG